CUCCAUCCGGUGCGUUCAGUCCCGGCGCAAACAGAGCAUCGGAGCCCGGCAGUGUCAGCUGCUAUGGUGCAUGGAGCGUCGAGGCGUUAGUUGUGAGAAUACUCUGGUUUGAAACUUUAACAGCGAGUUGAGUCGCGGAAGUGAAACAGAGAAGGACUCACGCCUUGGAGAAUAUGAGCAAAGUGGACGCUCCAUGCCGCCCCGCCGCCUCUCUGAAGUUCACUAUUGACAACAUCCUCAACCUCAAGACAAACGGGAGGAGCCCUGGGAGCUGUCACCCCACCGGACUGCAGGAUGACCUGGACACGGCGGUGCGUAAAGACGCUUUCCAGAGCCACCUUGAGGACACCGGAGUCCACCAGAGGCCGGACCCGGGCAGCAGACUUCACCAAAGUGAGUUGAUGGAAGACUGCGGUGGAGCGGCGGAACCCGGCCUCAUCAGCCACGCAGACCCGAGGAAAGCCCCGGAGGUCCGCUUCGAGAGCGGGGACAGCAGCUGCGACGACAGCAGCUCCGCCACCACGGCCACGGACCCCCACAAAGGAGGCAACCCCGCCAAGAAGAGCAAAAUGAUCACGAAAAAGAAAACACGCACUAUUUUUUCCAAGAGACAGAUUUUCCAGUUGGAGUCUACGUUCGACAUGAAACGCUAUCUGAGCAGCGCAGAGCGCGCAUGUCUGGCCACUUCCCUCCAGCUCACGGAGACUCAAGUGAAAAUAUGGUUUCAGAACCGCAGGAAUAAAUUGAAACGGCAGAUCUCCACUGAAAUUGACGGACCCGUAACUGAUUUCCCCGAAACUGGAAAGCCCGUGGUGGUAGGGCAGCUCCCGGCCUUGUACAAAGAGAGUAACCUGCUGGGGAGGUGCCUGCUGCCCAUGCCCCUGCCCGUGGUCUACCCGGGGAGCAGCACGCCUUACCUCUGCUUCUCCAACGCCAGCAAGUACUUCAGUCUGUACGACGGGGACGUAUGAUGAUUUGAUUGUUUCUUGUGAAAGAGACACUUUUUUUGGUGGUUUGAUGCCAAGUUUCGAGCAUUUAAGGUGUUGAUUAGAUGGAGGGGCCGGGUAGUUACAUAUCACGUAAAAAAAAUAAAUAAGAUGACUCUGAUUUAUUUAUUUUUGGAGUCAAAAUAUGGGUUUUCUAAAGACAACACACUAAACCUGCUACAGUCACACAUAGCAUUUUUAUUUUAUUGUAUUGUAUUUUUUAAAAAAUAGGCUACGCUAAAGAUAGCCUGAAGGAGGCCUACAACACUAUCAAUCCCAACAUUUUAUUGUUUACACAUUAUUAUUAUUAUUAUUAUUAUUAUUAUUGACAACAGCAUUUCCAGCAGUCUAAGCCACCAAAGAAAUUACUAUAGCCUAAAGCUAUUUGCAUGCAUUUCCUGUAUCAUAUCAAUUUCUGAAUUACUGAAAUUACCCAUGUAUUUAAAUGAAUGUAAUUAAUAUUUUAUUCUAUGUUUCACGCAUGUCUAUUUUUUUUUUCUGAAUAUCCUACUUAUUGUUGCUUUAUUCCACGUUGCCUAUAGGCUUAUUACACCAUUUACUGAAACUGUAAUUAAAAAAUCUCCAUUGAAGAAAUAUUUUACAGAGCUGAGUACUCAGUAUUUUAAGGCUAACUUUUUUUUUGUGCCAGACGGGUUAUUAUUACAUGAAAUGUAGAUAGUGUGAAUACAGUGUGUUUAAUCAGUUAACUAAUCUUUAACAGUAGUUUUUAUGGUCUUUUUUUUUUUUUUUUUUUUACAGAAUUAAAUCCUAAAUGAUUUUUAAACAUGUAAUGUGAGAGAAGUUAUUGAUUAUCAGUGUGGAACAGAUAACUGCCACAUGUGCCCUUUGAGGUAAAUCUGCCUUAAAUUAUUCCAUGUUUUCUAAUACAAUAUGUUGCAGCCAAAAGGCCCAGUUCUGUUUUCUACCCUAAAGGCCUUUAUGUGUUUGAACAAAAUGAAGCACACACUGUAAACACAGCAGAGCAGUUCAUAUAAAUGGGAAAAGGACACAUAAUUUCAUCACCCCUGUAUGAAUCUAAAGCCUGACCUGUGGUUCAUUAUAUAUUUAAUGCAUGCAGAACAUAGGAGAAGGGGAAAGCACUUCGAUCCUCAGGUCUCUCUUCCUGAAAUGUGGGCACUACCACAGGCGCAGACCAAAACACCAUCAGCAUCAUUUUUUUCAAAGCAUAGAACUGCUGCAUAUGCUCUUUUGAACUUUUGUAAACCCGAGCCAAAGCUAAUUUCUUAUGGGGAAACUUCAAGUCAGCCAUAUUACCAAAAGAUUUGGCUUUGGGCUUUGGAAAUACACUAUAAAAUCCAGAGGGAAUUAAUGCACCAGGCUAAUUCUGACAAAAAGAAAACAGACAUGCAUUUGUUGACUGUGUCAUAAAUCACUUUGUAUAAGCAAGUAAAGGAAGGCA